AUGCAGGCGGGGAUGGAGCCUUUGCAGCCGCCGGCUUACACGGCACAGAUUGCUACCCGCCCCGAGCUCACCUGCGCCGCCUCCAAAGGUGAAUACAGCGUUGCGCUCCACAUUGUGGCAAUUUUUGCUGUUUUGAUUGCGUCUCUUCUGGGGACGAUGCUUCCGCUGGCAGGCAAGUACGUCUCCUGCCUUCGACUGCAUCCUUUCGCCGUCGCCAUUGGUAAGUGCAUCUCCUCAGGGGUGGUGAUGGCCGUUGCCAUGGUGCACAUGAUGAACCAUGGCGUUGCUGGGUUCAUGAAGGACUGCGUGUCGUCUUCUUUGCGUCAGUCGUUUGACGCACUUUCACUUUCGCUUGCGAUGCUUGCAGCAAUGUUUAUGCAUAUACUGGAUGUGCUAAUGGAUUUUAUGCUUGAGAGUUGGGCAAAUGGGAGCACCGGCGAGCCUCCCUCCCACUUGGUGGGAUCGGAACUGCCUGGUGCAGAGGCGGCGCCAUGUGGACAGGAGGUUUUGGGUGCCGGAUGCCACAACCAUGGGGUUCUUGCCGCUGCGCGCCUCAAAAACGUGAAAAGUAUUGUCGCAGCGAUAUUUAUGGAGUUUGGUUUGGUCUUGCACAGUGUGUUUUUGGGCCUAUCCGUGGGGGUCGCACACGACGCCGAGACGCGUGCAUUGCUUGUGGCGCUGGUCUUCCAUCAGAUAUUCGAGGGCCUUGCACUGGGCGUACGACUGGCGGACGCGUCCAUGAACUUCAAACUGGAGCUGCUGAUGACGAUUAUCUACGCCGUUUCUGUACCUCUGGGCACCGCGGUUGGGCUCGUCAUCGUGACGACCUCCAAUAUCUCUAUGACAGGCACAAACUUUAUCACGCUGCAGGCAGCACUUGACUCGGUGUGCGGCGGCAUCCUGCUCUACCUGGGCUUUACGCUCAUCCUCAACGAUUUCCGGGCAGACCUGCGGGAGCUUGCAGGGCAGGAUGCAGCGCACCGUGGCUGGAAACGGCUUGGAAUGUGCGUGGCGCUCUGGGGAGGAGCAGCCGUCAUGACGCUCCUUGGAAAGUGGGCAUGA